AUGUCAGAUACGAGCAUCGAGCUAAUUAACAAAAUCCAGGAUGCAUUCAUUACCAUUGGAGGCAACGAGAGCUUAGAUUUGCCUCAAAUCAUCACUGUGGGCGAGCAGAGCUCUGGAAAAUCAUCCGUCUUGGAGCACAUUGUUCAACGCGAUUUCCUGCCUCGAGGCAGUGGCAUUGUCACCAGAAGACCACUCGUAUUACAGCUUGUUACUAUCAGAAAUGGCGAGCAAGACGAUUACGCUGAAUUUUUGCAUCUGCCAAAUCAAAAGAUAUACGACUUUAAUCAAGUGCGACAAGAGAUUGUGAAUGAGACUGACCGUAUUGCUGGAAACAACAAGGGCAUUUCAAGAUCACCUAUCCAUCUCAAAAUCUACUCCAAGAACGUGCUCAACCUGACAUUGAUCGAUUUACCGGGACUCACAAAGUUUCCAAUAGGGGAUCAACCACAAGACAUUGAUGUCCAAAUUAGAAAGUUGGUGCUCGACUAUAUCUCCAAAGUGAAUAGCAUUAUUCUAGCGGUGACCCCUGCAAACGCUGAUUUAGCCAACUCCGAUAGUUUGAAGCUUGCUAAACAAGUAGAUCCAGCAGGAAAGAGAACGAUGGGUGUAUUGACAAAGUUAGAUCUGAUGGACACGGGUACAAACGCCUUGGAUGUGCUGACAGGCAAGUCUUUUCCAUUGAAAAUGGGGUUUGUUGGUGUAGUGAAUCGGAGCCAACAAGAUAUCAUCACCAGCAAAUCAAUGCAAGAUGCAAUUCAAUCAGAAAGGCUGUUCUUUCAAAGCCAUCCUGCGUACAGAAGCAUAUCGCAGCGAUGUGGAUCCGUGUAUUUGAGCAAACAGCUACAUCAGAUUCUCGUCAAUCACAUUCGAGAGAAACUGCCAGAUCUUCGCUCAAAGACAAGCUCGCUGAUAGGUCAAACACAGCAUGAAUUAUCACAAUACGGCGAUCCUGCCUUUACUGGAUCAGUGCAUCGUGGAUCGCUCAUCCUGAAAUUGCUGACCAUGUACUCAUCUGAAUUUGUGUCCUCCAUUGACGGUACAUCCUCCUCCAUCUCGACAAAGGAGCUGUCUGGAGGCGCACGCAUCUAUUUCAUAUUCAACUCCAUCUUUGGACAUGCACUUGACAGUAUCUAUCCUUGCACCAAUUUGACAGAUGACGAUAUUCGCACGGCCAUCAGAAACUCAAAGGGACCGCGCUGUUCAUUAUUUGUGCCUGAAAUUGCCUUUGAUUUGCUAGUGCGACCUCAAAUCAAGCUCUUGGAAGCACCUAGCUUACGAUGUGUGGACCUGGCUUAUGAAGAACUGUCCAAGAUAUGUCACACUUGCGGCAACAAGGAAAUCACUCGAUUUCCCAAGCUACACACCAAGCUUGUUGAAGUAGUGUCCGAUUUGCUGCAGGAAAGAUUGAGCCCAUCGUCCGAAUACAUUCAAAGCCUGAUCGCUGUAGAAUGCUCUUACAUCAAUACAAACCAUCCCGACUUUCCAGGCGCAUCAGGCGCCAUGCUAGAAAUGCAAAAGCGACACAAAGAGGAGGAAAAGGCAGAGAAAAAGAGGCAAGCUCGUCAACAGAUGAUACUCGGUCCAAAUGUAGCAGAGACGCAUCAUAGAAAAUCCUCUCGAUCCAUGUCAAUCACCUCCAUUUCAUCAACCACAUCUACUUCAACACCACCCAAAGACUCGUUUUUGAACCUCUUUUUCGGCAAUAGCAGUGGUAAUAUUAUCACCAAACCAGCUGCUGGACUAUCGCCACUGUUAUCUGUAAACGAGAAUGUAGAGCAGCACUUUUCAAAAAGCAUGGACGCGCUCUCUUCAGAAUUGGAAGGCGACCUCAAGAUCAAGACGACAGAAAGAGAUGACAAAGAGGUGGAACUUAUCCGUUACUUGAUCACAUCGUAUUUCAACAUUAUCCGUAAAUCCAUCCAGGACUUGGUUCCUAAAGCCAUCAUGCAUUUAUUGGUCAAUUUUACCAAGGAGAAUGUCCAGAAUCGACUGGUCUCGUCUUUGUAUCGCGAGGAUCUUUUCGAUGAGCUGUUGAAGGAAGAUCCAGCGGUGGCUUCAGAGAGAGAAAGAUGCAAGGCCAUGUUGGAUAUUUAUAGAAAUGUGUUUGCCUUGAUAAGCGAUGCCAUGUAA